AUGCUCCGCCGGCGCCUGUGCCCCGGCGUGUUCCUCCGCCUCUUCGCCGCAUCCUGCCGCCGCAGCUCCCUCCACCCCUCGCAGCCGCACCUCCCGAGAGCUACAGCUCUCCCGACGCUGCCUGUGGUGAAGAAGGUCCCCUUCAAUGUGUCGGCGCACGGGAGGUCGUGGAGCGACCCGUACCACUGGAUGCGCGACACCUCCGACCCGGACCUCCAGGCCCUCCUCGCCGCAGAGAACGCGUAUGCCGACGCCUUCGUCGGCUCGGCAGGUGGCGGCGGCCUCCGUGCGCGCCUCGCUGCCGAGAUGCGCGCCCGGCUGCCCGCUUCCGCCACCACACCGCCUCAGCCCUGGGGCCCUUGGUUGUAUUAUCAAUAUGUUCCAGAGGGAAAGGAAUACCCUGUUUUAUCUAGGAAGCUGAGGCCUUCUAGUGGUCUGGUAGGAACUCUGCUUGAUUACCUUUCUGGUUCAGAGAAGGAUCAAGUGUUGCUUGACUGGAACAAGGUUGCAGAAAAAAAUGGUUAUGUCCACAUUGGGACUUGUCGAAUCUCUCCAGAUCAUAGGUUUCUUGCAUAUACAGUUGAUACAUCUGGGGGUGAACUAUUUUCCCUUGAAGUGAAAGAUAUUCUGUCUGAGCAUGUCAUCUUUAGUCCACCAGAUAAGGGAAUAGUUUUUGUGAUCGAAUCUGAUAAUCUAAGAGAAGGCUUAUGGCCUAUACGGAAACGUGUUGACAAAGUUCAGUACUUUUUGGAGCACCACAACGGGUUCUUUUACAUUCUUACCAAUGCUCCUGUAAAUGAUACCGAAACGACAACUGAAGGCUACUAUCUGGCCAGGUGUAGGGCUGAAAAGUCACUGGUGGAUAGAUGGCAGAUUGUGACGUUACCUGCGUCGGACUGCACCAUUCAGGAUAUGGACAUUUUUCAUGAUAAUUUAGUUCUCUAUCUUCAAAAGAAUGGGACUCCUCUUUUUUGCUCCAUCAAUAUGCCAAUUGAUGUUGAUGUUCAGGAGCCAAAGGAACUUGAUGAUCUCAAUCCAUGGUUUUUCCCCAUACCGUCAGAGUUAUGCAGCAUUGUUGCUGGAUCCAACAAUGAUUUCAUGUCAUCUACUUAUCGGCUAGUUGUUUCAUCACCUGUGAUACCGGACUUAACUGUGGACUAUGAUUUGAGAAAAAAGACUUUCACCAUCCUUCAUCAAGAGGAAGUAACUACCCCCUCUGCAAAUCUAGGCAGCCUGGGUUUUCAAUCCAAUGCUUCAAGCAUCCAACAAAACCUGCAUCUUGUUGAAAAUUCACAAAGUUGGAGUGAUCUUUCCAAGCUAUUCUCAUGUCAAAGGAUUGAAGUUACAUCACAUGAUGGUGUUUCAAUACCUUUAGUCAUCCUGUAUUCACGGGAAGCACAUUGUCAUGGAGAAUCACCUGGGAUCUUAUACGGUUAUGGAGCUUAUGGAGAAGAUUUGGACAAAAGCUGGUGUUCUGAGAGGUUAAGUCUCCUCUCUCGAGGUUGGGUUCUUGCAUUUGCAGAUGUUAGGGGUGGAGGGGAUUUAUCUUGGCAUAUGGCAGGAACCAAAGCUAACAAGAUAAAAUCAAUUCAAGAUUUUGCUGCAUGUGGUAUGCAUCUCAUAAAGGAAGGCUUUGUUCACCAAAAUCGUCUUUGUGCUAUAGGCUGUAGUGCUGGUGGUCUGCUAGUGGGCGCCGUCAUUAAUAUGCUUCCAGACUUAUUUUCUGCUGCAGUUCUCAAGGUUCCUUUUCUUGAUAUCUGCAACACAAUGUUGGAUCCUACUUUGCCUCUCACUGUCUUGGACUAUGAAGAGUUUGGUGACCCUAAUAUCCCAGCUGAAUUUGAGGCGAUCAGCAGUUAUUCUCCUUAUGAUAACUUAGCACCUGGUGUAUGCUAUCCUCCAGUCCUGGUGACUGCCUCGUUUAAUGAUACAAGGGUAGGAGUUUGGGAAGCUGCUAAGUGGGUUGCAAAAGUAAGAGAUAUCACAUGCACAUCCUGUUCCCAGUCAGUUAUUCUCAAAACUAAUAUGCAAAGUGGCCAUUUCGGUGAGGGCGGGCGUUUCAUGCACUGUGAUGAGACAGCCUUUGAGUAUACAUUUCUCAUGAAGGUCUUGGGUUUGGAUGACAUAGCUAUGACAUAG